AUGAUGGGAUACUUGCGAAGCCGAUGGAGUGGAAAAGGGGAAAAGGCCUCCGGGAAUGAGGGAGAAUUGGCUCGAAAAAACGGAAGCGCGACUGUAGUUGUAGACAUUCUCUCCCCUUCCGCCGACGGCGGAAGCCCCAGGUCUGUCGGAAGCGGCAGAAAGAGCCUGCUUGCGCCCGCCGCGGGGAUAGGCGGAGCGGAAACCGAGCCGCUGAUUCCCUGGCGGAGGCGCUACCGGCGGAACAACCGUUACAUCCGCCACCGGCGCGGGGAAGGCCCGGAUGGAUCCACGUGGCAGUACGUGGGCGACGUGCUUAGCGUGCAGCGGUAUCUGCGGAUGAGUAUGAUGUGGCGCCACGUGUGCAUAGCGAUGUGGGUACUGGUGACGAUGGCGGCGGCUGCAGCCGUGUUCAGCUCGUCGUAUAAGAGCUUCCAAGACGAGCGCCAGGUGGCUCUGGAGGUGGAGUGCGAGUCGUACAAGAAGCUGCUGCAGGACCAUUUCACCGACACCUCCAACCAGAUUCGGCUGCUUGCCAACCUGAUGACCACGUUUCACUACAACAAGCCCCCGGGCACCCUGGACAGGUCCACGUUCAUGGGGUUUCUCAACGACACGGAGUACGCGCGUCCGCGUUUGAGGGACGUCUCGUUUGCUGCUAGUGUGCCGCAGGCAGAGAGGGGGGCGUAUGAGAGGGCGCAGGGGGGCGGCUUCUGCAUCAAGCACGACAUGGCAUGUGCGGGGCAGCAGUCGGACUAUGCACCCAUCCUCUACACCACGUCACCGCAGCAUCUUAUCGGACAAGACAUGCUCUGGGACGCCUUCCCAGCCAACAGGGAGGCAGUGAUUCGAGCGCGAGACCAGGGCAUUAUGGGAGCACUCACGCCGCCGCUACAGAUGGCAGUCGACUCACUGGGGGUCAUCAACGUCGGCAGCAGCAGCAGCACGGGCGCCUCAGGCAGCACUGUAGCAUCAGAAUCGAGCGGUAACCGCGACCUAAACACCCUCAUGUUACGUGUUUACCCAGUGUAUCAGGAGCGUACACCCCCGGGACCCGGGGCUGGCGUGGCUGAGUUCCGAUCCAAGUGCCGAGGGUUCAUGUCGGCUGUGAUUGAUUUUGAGCCGUUGAUCAAAUCGCUGCACCGGGAGCACAUGCCGAUGUUUGUGAGGGUGUACGAUGUGACCAAUGGGAGCAGCGAGGCUCAAACCGGGUACUAUAGCGGGGGCAACACUGCCGCCCGGGGGAACGGCAGCAGCGGCAACGGCAGCGGCAGUGGCAGCAGCAGCGGCAGCACCAGCGGCACGACUAGCAGCAUGACGUCAGCGAGUGGUGAUAACACCACGGCAGUACAAAAAACCGGCAGCGGCGGCGGCAGCAGCAGCAGCAAUGGCACCGGACCGACGGUUGGGUUUGGGGAGACGAUGGCAGUGCCGGGGGAGGUGUUGGGGCGGGGCAGUGUGGAGCGGCUGAUGUAUGAACCGCAGGACCACCGGCUGGCAAAGGGGCAGAGCGACCGCUACAACUACGUCACAACCAUGGACCUCGGUGACCCCUACCGGCAAUACGAAAUCCGCUGCAGGUAUCUAGACUACUACAUCUUCCCCUACUCCUCGCUGGGCUGGGCGCUCGUUAUAAUCACAGUCAUGUCCCUUCUGGGCUACGUGUGGUGGGUGGCGAGCUCUCAAGUGCACCAAUUGGAGCACGACUUCCACCGCAUGGAGCUGCUAAAGGACAAAAUGAAGGCCGCCCGCAACGUGGCGGAGCGCGCCAGCAAGGCGAAAGGGACGUUCCUCGCCACCAUGUCGCACGAGCUGCGCACACCCAUGAAUGGCGUCAUAGGCAUGCUGAACCUGCUGCUGGAGACGCCCCUCACGAUCACACAGCUGGACUAUGUGGAGACGGCUCGCACCAGUGGGCGGGCACUGCUGGAGCUCAUAAACGACAUCCUCGACCUCUCCAAGAUUGAGGCACAGAAGAUGCAGCUGGAACGAGUCCCCAUGGACGUGAGGGGAGAGGUGGACACCGUACUCACCAUGUUCAUCGAGCGCUUUCGAGACAAGCCGCUGCUGCAGGUGGCGGCAUAUGUCGACCCCCUCGUGCCCGCUGCUGUUCUCGGUGACUCGCUGCGCCUGCGCCAGGUGCUGAUCAACCUGCUGUCCAACGCCUGCAAGUUCACCGAACGUGGACACAUUUUCAUCGCCAUCCGCACAGCAGAACCAGACGAGGAUCUGCGCAAGUCAGCUCGCAAGCACCACCACCACCACCGCUCCCUCCGCUCGCAUGCUCCUGGCAUGAUAGCUGAUCAGCCAUCAGCCACUACCGUGGCAGCGGAUAAGCCUUCUGCCUCUGCUGUGACAGGCGAUAAGCCGUCUGUUGCAGCAACUGAGAUGAAGACUGGCGAGAAUCGAAGGGUUAUCGGCAGCACUGGUGCUGCGAGCUACACUGCUGUUGCUGCUGCCGCCGCUGCUGGUAGUGGUAGUGAUGGUGGUGGUGGCGGUUGUCAGGGUAAGGAGGAUGCGGCAAAGGAGGACGUGGAGGAGAGUCCAUCCAAGGAUGUUGCCUUCCGACCUGAACGACAGGCAGAGGAGGAGGAGGAGGCGGAGGAGGAGGAGGAGGCGGAGGAGGAGGAGGAGGAGGAGGAGGCGGAGGAGGAGGAGGAGGAGGCGGAGGAGGAGGAGGAGGCGGAGGAGGAGGAGGAGGCGGAGGAGGAGGAGGAGGCAGGAGUCCUCUGCGAGGGCAUCCCGUACCCCGCGCAGCGCACCAUCUUAAAGCCCUUCAUGCAGGCGGACGCGAGCACGACGCGCACGCACGGCGGCAGGGGCAUCGGGCUGCCUACACUCUCACUGAAUUCUCAUUUCCUCCCCUGGUACGCUGCUUCCCCCCCUUUUCUCCCCAACCCACCCACAGGACACAGGAGAAGGCAUCCCCUAUCCCGCACAGCAAACCAUCUUAAGCCCUUCAUGCAGGCGGACGCGAGCACGACGCGCACGCACGGCGGCACGGGCAUCGGGCUGUCCAUCUCGCGCCACCUCGUGGACCUCAUGGGUGGCAAGCUCUCCUUCACCUCGCGCCCGGGCGACACGGGCGAGGGCAUCCCCUACCCCGCGCAGCGCACCAUCCUGAAGCCCUUCAUGCAGGCGGACGCCUCAACAACGCGCACGCACGGCGGCACGGGCAUCGGGCUGUCCAUCUCGCGCCACCUCGUGGACCUCAUGGGUGGCAAGCUCUCCUUCACCUCGCGCCCGGGCGACACGGGCGAGGGCAUCCCCUACCCCGCGCAGCGCACCAUCCUGAAGCCCUUCAUGCAGGCGGACGCCUCAACAACGCGCACGCACGGCGGCACGGGCAUCGGGCUGUCCAUCUCGCGCCACCUCGUGGACCUCAUGGGUGGCAAGCUCUCCUUCACCUCUCGCCCGGGCGUGGGCACCACCUUCUUUUUUGAUGUGGUCAUGCCCUGUGAAAGCCGCGAUGGUGAGCCUGUUGCUGCUGCUGCUGCUGCUGAUGUGGCUGCUUCGGCUGCUGCUGCUCGUGCUGCUGAUGUUGCACAGCCUGCAGGAGCAGAACCAGGAGCAGGAUCAGGAGCAGGAUCAGGAGCAGGAGCAGCAGCACUGGCAAGAACAGCUUCAUUGGUGGGGCCAGCAGAUUCUGUGAUUGUAGAGAUUAGAGAUUCAAAGCACGGCGUGGCUUUGAAGGACGACGAAGGCUGCAGCUUCCCCCUCCUCGCCGAACCAACUUCAGGUUCGGAAUCACCGCUGCUGCCAUGGGGCAUUCCAGCUUCGGCACAAGCAGCAACAGCAUCACCAAUAGCGAAACCUCCUUCACUUCAACCACCAGCACUUACAGCACUAUCCCCCUUAAGAUCAUCCCCUCUAAGAUCAUCUCCGCCACACGUGCUGCCAGCCUCGCCUCUACACAUCCUCCAGCAGACCGAAGCGAGCCUAUCUCAAUUCUCCGCCAUUCUCCUCGACGACCGUGCCGUGAGGUUCGGCGUGAUGGAGAGCCUGCUCAACAGGCUCAGCAUCCCGGUGCUAAACAACCCCGAAGCCGUCGCCGAACCUGUUGUGCACAUUCCAAACCACAAUUCCCUCGUCACUGCUCCAGCUGCGGUGGGCGCAGGAGUUGGUAAGCGGCUGGUGAUUGUGGUGGUGGAUGAGGAGUGGCUGGGCCGGUACAACAAGGCAGUGCUUCGACAGAAGAAGAAGCAGUGCGAGGGGGAGGGGCAGCAGGGACAGGAGGGACAGGGAACAGUCCCUGAAGAGGAGGUGCUGGAAGGGCAGGAAGGGGAGAAGAAGAGGGCAUGGAAGGAGGGAGAGAGGUGGCACGCGGGCAGUAAGCGGGAGGGCGCAGCAGCAGCAGCAGCAGCAUGUAAGGCUUUUGAUGUGACUAUAUCGAAGCCUGUGAGGCAGAAUGCUCUCUCUACAAACCUCUCACUGUUGCUUCUAGGGGGGGAUGGGCCGCUAGGGACAGAAGAUGGGGCUGAGGAGGAGGAGGAGGAGGAGGAGGAGAGAGAAAGGGUGGGUGGGAGGGAGGAGGAGGGGGGUGAUGAUGGCGACGAUGAGAGGGAGUAUGAUGAAGAGGAGGAUGAGGAGGAAGGGGAGGAAGAGGAGUGUAAAGCAGGGAAAGGAGGGGAAGGGAGGCAGGUAGGCAGAGGCACUGCAGUGGUGCGAACAGGAGGUGAGGGUCAGGAGCAGCUGCAGCCGCAGCAGCAGCAGCAACAGCAGCAGCAAUUCUCGAUGCCGAAAAGCGCAUCAGAUCAGAGCUCGCCGGGUCCCGUGGUGCGAUGGCUGCUUCCUGCUGACGACGACGACGACGACGACGAUUCUGAUAGAGUUUCUCACAGCGGCCCGCUGUCACGUUCUCACGGGGAUAAGGGGAUUUACUGGCCUGGAACCACCACGAGGAGCAGAAGCACUGGUAAGAGCAGCGACAAGAGUCCCCAAAGAGCAGGCAUCCUCAAGUUUGGCAGCACGGAUGGAAAGAUGAAUGAGGCUCCUGCUGCUGCUUCUUCAGCCCCUGCUGCUCCUGCUGCUUCUGUAGCCUAUGCUGCUGCUGCUGGUUCUGCCGCCCCUGCUGCUGCUUCUGCACCUGUUGCAUCGGCUGCCCCUGCUGCCGCCCUUGAGAGUGAUGGUAUUGACACAGGGGCGGGGCGGCAAACACGGCGAGUGAGAAUAAGUCUAGAUGAGGCGGGGUCAACACAGUCAACGCGGUCAACUCGGUCAACCAUGUCUAAAGGUCGCAAAUCCACAGGCUCUAUGCCGGAAGGUGAUGUGCCGAUCAUUGCCACCCGCCACAAGACCCGUGCUGCCCAGGCGGCUGCUGGAAGCCCGUCGUCCGUGCCGCCCGCUCUGCCGUCAGGAGCGUCGAUGCGCAAGGAGAGUGAUGGAGCGAGGCUGCUGUGCCAGGCGCUCAAGGGCAAGAAGAUUCUCGUGGUGGACGACAACAUGGUGAACCGCAAGGUGAUGGGACGCAUGCUGCAGCGGUACGGCGUGGAGGUGGAGACGGUGGAUGGCGGCGUCAAGGCUGUCAAGGCCGUGCAGCAGGCAACUACCAGAUUUGAUUGCGUCUUCAUGGACGUGCAGGUGCGGCAGCUGUUUGUCUGGGCGGCUGUUUUUGGACGUUACUGGACUGUGUUUGGGGAGAGAGGAAGAUCCAAGCCCCGGCUGACGCACGAGCAGUACUCGGGUCUGGCGGAGGGCACAGAGAUGGACAAGGUGGUUGCGGCGCGGGUGAGGGACACGGAGGGCAUGCUGGAGGCGCUGCGCAGUGCGGCGGGCAGCAGCUUUGAGGACAUGGCUCUGCACCGCGAGGAGUCCCGCGCCCACCCCGAGGCGUUUGGACAGCGCGACUGGCGGGUGAGCGGGAGAAAGGGAGUGGCGGGUGGGAGGGAGAGGCGGGUGAACGGGAUUGGUGGGCGAGAGGGAGUGGCGGGUGGGGGGAAAGAGGCGCGUGAGAGGGGGUGGUGGAUGAGCGUGCUGAAGGAGCAGAGCAAGAGCCACAGGGUGAUGUACCGCCCAGGGGCGGAGGGAACGGCCUUCCACGAGCUGUGCUUGGAGGGCGUGCUCAAGGGAUCCCUCGACACUGUGCUCGCGGUGGCUUGGGAGGCUCCUUUCUUCAUUGACUGGUGGCCGCAGUUCUCAGUGCCGCCCUUCCACAUGCUCGAAUCCAAGUUCGUCAAGAGAGUGGCACCGGGAUACGAGCUCGUACACCUGCGCUUCAAGGUGCCGUGGCCAUUCGCCACGCGUGAAAUCCUCUAUGUGCUCUUCUCCGUGCACGAUGCUGCCACCGGCUUCAUCGCCACCUCCCUCAUCUCUUAUCCAGAUGACCCAGCUACCUUUGACCCUGGCUCGUAUGGUUUCUCCAAUGACGGGGUGCCACGUGUGCGUUCUGGAGAGGUCCGUAUGAGUUUGAAGGGCGGCUUUGCAUCCAAGGACCUUGGCAACGGCUGCUGCUACUUCCGCGGUGUCGCAACCAUCGACAUGAAACUGAACCUCAUUCCGCCGUGGGCCAUCAACUUUGUGUCGCGACAGCUGGCGGGGUCUGGUUACCACCUGCUCUACAGUGAGGUAGAGAGUGUGGCGGACGGCAGCAACAAUGAGGCGGACAAGUUCCGCGCACUGCUCCGCUCAGACCCCUUCUACUACUCCGUGGGCCGGGCCAUGCGCUCCCACCAUGCCGCCGCAGCAGCGCAGGGCGAGCGGGCAAAGCAGGAGCAGGAGCAGCUGCAGCAGCAGGGCGAGGCAGAGUCGUUCCGGCAGAUUGGGGAGCGAGUGGAGAAGGAAGUGGAGAGGCUAGUUGCAAGCACGUCUGGGAGUGAGAAUGUGGUUGCUGGUGCUGGUGCUGCUGAUAGUGCAGCUGCUGGUGCCCCCGGUGGUGAUGUGGGAGUCAUGAAUGCAGCUGAAGCGUUAGCAGAGGAAGCUGCUGCUCCGGUGCCGGCUGCAGCAGGGUCGGCCAAGCCUGCCUCCCCUGCGUCAGUGGCGAGACCGCCACACCCUCCCUCGCCCAGGAAGCUUCUGGCCCCUGCACAACCUGCGACUGCAAAGGCAGCAGCAGCAGGCACUUUACCAGCAGCUCAAGGUCUCCAGUAUGGGCAGUUACUGCAGAGGGACCCGGCAAUAUUCCAUGCGGUUACCACCCUCGAUAGAGCCAUCUCCUUUAUGAGAGCCAGAGCAGCAGCUCAGCGCCAGGCAGCAACUGCUGCUGCAGGCAGUGGUGCUGCUGGGCUCCCAGGCCUGGACAAUAUCGGCAAGUCCUGCGGAUCACGCGAGGGGUGA